AUGUCGACUUUUACUCCUCCCAACGGCACGGUCGCCAGCGAUUCCGAUUCCGCACCUGCACCUGCACCGGCACCUGAUCGUGCUCGUCUCGCCCUCCCCGAGUUUCAAUUCAUUGGCUCCCUGCCAAGAUCACAAUCGAAUGGUAAUCGAAAAAGCGAGAGUCCAGAGAGUCCUCAUCUCCUGGACCGUUUGUCUUUCGCCGCCUCUAGCAUUACCAGCGACCGCGGCUCAAAGGGCAAAGAGAAGGACAAGGAAGUUGGACGAGGCAAGGAAAAUGAGUCCCGCCGUUCCUUCAAUCGCUCUUCGGGUGGCUUCCUUCUCGAAUCCGUUUCCAACUCGACCCGUCAUGCCAGAGCUUCAACAACACCUUCCCGUCAAAACACUCGGUCAAAACGAGAGAAUGAGGAUUCGGAGCUGUCCGUUCCCAAGAGAAGGCACAAUGACACCCAUCUGUCAACAUUUCGGAGCUCCCCUCUUGCCACGGAGGUUAAGCGGGACCCUGUCAUCCACCACGACUCCAGGCUCGACCAACUGCUUCCAGGCACUGAUGUCCGUCGCUCACUUUCAUCAUCCAAGCGUGGCUAUCGCUCCACAGGGAGCCCAGCCUCAAGCUCCCAGGUGGUGGAGAUCAACCGAUCGCCAUUGGCCAAUGUUGGGUAUGACCAUGACCCUGCUCAGAUUGUAAAUAUGGCCUUGACCCUGAGCGAGGGUCGAAGACGACUUGCUUCUGGACGGAGAUAUGUCUCCACCGAACAGGGCGAACGCCGUGUCGUCUCUACUGCUACUACAAAUUCAGCAAGGGACACGGUGAGAAAGAGAAGCAUUGCACCAUUCCUAGCUUCCAAUCGUCAAGGGUCUCGCAAUCGUUCGCCAAAACCGAGUUUCUCCGCCUCAUAUGUUGAUCCCGGUGCGUCGAUAAAAGGACCCGAGAAUGAUCCCGCCACUUUGGAUGAUCUCUCGGAUGGUGAUAUGGACUUGACUCACAAACUAUCUCCUGCCACAGCCGCCCGCGUGGAGAAGGCCAAAAUAUUCUUUGAGCUUGCCCAUGAGCACCGUCGACUCCUGUCGCACUUGCCACCCCUCCGUCGUCCUGGCAGCUACCUCGUUUCCCACCGCCCUGAAGCUUUGCAGAAGUCUUACAAUCCACUGCAAUAUGUACGAAACAGAAAGUUGCGCAUAUGGGAGAAGACACCCAUUGACGUGGAAACAGAUGGCUGGCAUGAUAUUCACAAAGUUCGCUCAUGGGUUGACGCAGUAGUUUCAAGCAAUACAGUCACCCAACAUGACCCGGAUGAGUGUCUACGCUUACCUCCGCUGGAUCAACAAUCAGAAGACCCUGAACCUGAUGAUCAAGAUGAUGUUCCUGACGAUAUGAAAAAAGCCACUUCCCCUCGCCUGGCCGAUCAAUUCCAUCCCAGACCAAUACGACCUCGGUCGGAUUGGGUCACUCAUCCUGCCGACUUACUCGCUGAUGCAUAUUGGUUGGAACAAGGGAUGAACAAAUCUAAGAUCCAGGAUCGGGAUAACAAUUUGAUAUAUCCACCAAAUACUCAUUUCAAAUUUUCUGGCUGGCGCAAUAAAACGCCCGUCCAUAUUCCAGAGACAUUGCAACAGCCUUCACCUCCGGCUUCUGAGCAUCACGAACCAGAGUCACAACCUCCCUCAGCCCUUCCAGAGUUGCCCACGUUCAAAUCUGCGCAAUCAAAAAACGAUCCUGGCCGUCAUAGUCGUCGAAGAGAUCGACUGAAAGACACUCUUCAGUUGAAAGACGGAAGUAGCUCUCGAGAGCGGUCUAAAAUUAAACGGAAAUUGUUCCCGGACAGCAGUGACACUGACUUCUCUGACACUUCCUCUUCCUCUGAUGAUGGUGCCCCUGAACGUGGUCGAAGGCGCCUGCGUCGGCGGAGACAAAAGCCACACGAUUCAGAUGAUCUUUCACCCACGAAAACCAAGCAAACGAUUAAGGCAGGAUCACACGCGCGAGCGGAUUCCAGUCCCGGAUCCUCGGUUCCAAAUUCAAAAAGAUCUUCAGUUGACCAUUCCGCGUUGAAUAAGUUGCUGUUGCGUGAUAACUUCAAGAAGAUAUCCUCUCGUCCAGGCUCACGAAUUCGAAAUGGAUCGCCUGCAGCGGGGCCGAAAAUGGGGAUUUUUCGAUCGAGCGUCGAUAACGAGCGUCCUCCUCGUGCCUCGACUGAAUAUGAUACCACUACGGCACCCAGCUCCCCCGCAGUGGUUGAAUGGCCAAGUAUAGCAAUCAACCUCUCUCCACCUCCGAGCAGAAGUACGUCACCGGUGCGGAAGCAAAGGUCUUCAUUGUUGCAUCCAUUCAACAAGAAACACAAAGAUCACGAAAACAUCAGCACCACUGAUUUUGCUCACGUCGUACCCAGCCAACCAGGCAGUGAUGCUGAGAAGCAUUCUGAACCUUCCCAAGAUUCUCGAGGUGCAAGUCCCAUGUCCCGAGGCUUAAGUCCUCUGUCAAAGAAUCGAACCCAACCAGAUGAUUUGGCACCACAUUCCUCGAAUGAGCAUAGACUUAGUACCGCUAGUAAGGUUAGCACCAGGUCUACUGCUCACGGUGGGAACGAACACCACAAACUUCGUGGUAUCUUCAAGGGCGGACGUAUUGCUGAAUUGGUAGGGAAUGAAGUCUCUCGGGUUGGAGAUUACAUUUGGAAACGUGAUCACCCUGGCCACCACAGGCCUAGAAUUUCGACGUCGGACGCUAGUUUGCGAUCCUAUGACUCUGAUGAUGAAAAAGAGCCCCACGAGAAUGGGACUGCAAUUCAUCUACCACCUGCUCCUGGACCCAGGUCAAGAUCUUCUACGAUUUCGAGCACAAAGAGUGAUAGACCUACGCUCGUGCACACUCGAACCAGUCCACCGUCCAACGACCGACCGAAGUAUAACAACCCGAAUUUGCCUAGCUUCACAUCUCCAUUUCAAAGAGACAGAGAAGAACAAGAGAAGAAAGCUCUCUUGACACCAGGUUCAACAAUAGGUCAAGCUUCACCCGAUAAUACGAGAGAAGACAUUCGUGCAUCCUCUCGUUCUCCUAGACUACGUCUAGCAUUACCGAAAAUUGACACAUCCAAAGCUACUGCUCCUCUCGACCCUGCUAGACGAAAAAGCUAUGGAUUUUCACAGGCUUUGGAUCUAAGCAGGUCUCGUGAUGCCUCGAAUCUCCUGAACAAUGCCAUUGGGCCUGCCAAUGGCCUGCCACAUCUUCAUCCCACUCGAUCUGCCAGCGAACUGGCUUUGGGAGACCAGAACGACCAAGGACAAGAACAAUUCGAACCCACCCAUGUGACAUGGAGGGAUAUUCGACGUGCAGAAGCUCUAUUAUAUAGUUCGACUGUGAAAGCACGGGAAAUUGGUCGCCGUGCUGAGGAUCCUCACACACAUACGCCAAAGUUCUUGUUGGAUUCUUUUGCUCCCGAGAAUCUGGACUUGCAUUCUGUCAAACGAGUUAAGCGCCGUGAAGAACAUGUUGUGGCCGCUAAGAACAUCACGGACACUCUGGAGAAACAUUCGAAGUCGUUCAAUUAUAAGUUGCAUUCUUUUACAGCAGCAUUGGCUCCGACCUUACAUAGACAACUUCAAAUGUUAGAAGACAGCGUCGAGAAUACCCUCACUCCUCAAGUCCGCAUUACUGCAGAUGCGGCAGGAGAGCUGAGUAUCAAGCUAACUACGGCAAGCACAUUGGCAGUAAAAAGCUUGAACGAUUCAAUUGAUGCUGCAUUUCGGAGACGCAAACGAGGUCCUUUCAAAGUGGUGAGAAAGAUCUGGUUUGCCAUGAUUGAAUGGGGCGUUGUUGGGUUAUUGUGGUUCAUCUGGGCCAUUGUCAGCUUUCUCCAGGCGAUCCUUGCCACAUUCAGAUUUCUCGGCAACACGACAAGAUGGUUGCUUUGGAUUGAUUAA